AUGUACAAAUCUUAUCUCUGGAGAUCCAGCCAGGGCUCUGAGCUGGUGGUCCAUGAGCAGCUUCAGGAUGGGGAGAAGCCCUACAAGUGCUUGGAGUGUGGGAAGAGCUUCAGCCAGAGCACCAAACUGAUCUGCCACCAGAUGAUCCACACUGGGGAAUGGCCCUACGAGUGUGGGGAAUGUGGGAAGGGCUUCAGCUUCAGCUCUGAACUAAUCGUCCACCGGCGCAUCCACACUGGGGAGAGGCCCUACGAGUGUCCUGAGUGUGGGAAGAGGUUUCGGAUCAGCUCCCAUCUCCUCGUGCACCAGCGGAUUCACACGGAUGAGAGGCCCUUCCGCUGCCCUGACUGUGGAGAGGGCUUCAAGUACAACUCCACCCUCAUCACCCACCGGCGCAUCCACACUGGGGAGAGGCCCUACGAGUGUGGGGAAUGUGGGAAGAGCUUCACCUGGAGCUCCAGCCUGAUCUUCCACCAGAGGACUCACACUGGGCAACGGCCCUAUGAAUGUGGGGAAUGUGGGAUGACCUUCAACCAGAGAUCAAAACUGACCAUCCACCAGAUGAUUCACACUGGGGAGAGGCCCUAUGAGUGUCCCAAGUGUGGAAAGAGGUUUCAGACCAGCUCCCAUCUCCUCCAGCACCAGCGGUUUCACACGGAUGAGAGGCCCUUCCGCUGCCCUGACUGCAGGAAGGGCUUCAAGCAAAACUCCAACCUCAUCAGGCACCGGCGCAUCCACACUGGGGAGAGGCCCUACGAGUGUCCCCAGUGUGGGAAGAGCUUCACCCAGAGCUCUACCUUGACCCGACACCAACGGAGGCACCGGUAAGGGAAGCCCUGCGAGUGCCCCAAGUGCAGGAAGAGCUUUGUGCACUGCUCCAGCUCCAUCCCCCAUCAGAGGACCCACGCGGUCCUGCGCGGAGCCCUGAUGACCCACGUUCCCAGUGAUCUGCAUUGGGAACACACUGAGCU